GUCCUCUCCGUCACCGUUACUCUCUCCCGCUCACGGCCCUCAGCGCAGUCCUGCGCGACCCUUACACGCAGCUCUCAGGGACUACACUACUACUACCAGCUGGCUGUUUUGCUAGUUCAGUGACAUGCCACAGGUUUACCGCCGGCAUUCUGAACGCAUCCAGCGCCCGCCUCCCGAACCCCGACGGCGCGACACCUUAGCUCCCCAGCCCACCGACGCGGACGACUCCAUCGUUCUCUCCGACCUAGUACGUACAGGAGAAGCAUCACGCCUACGGCGUCGAGGGGCAAUGCGAAUCGACCACGGACAAAGCAGUGCUCCCAGGCCAUCACCACCGAGCAACGCACUUCCGCCUCCCGUGCGUCCUUCCGGAGGCAGCAGGUUCGUCGUCGAACCAGCGAUGUGGGGGCCCUCUCAAGGAUGGGGACCCUCAGACGCAUCUGUAGAGGAUGAGCUCUUCAACGGCGGAGAGUGGAGGGAAUGGGCGGGGGAUGAUCGUGGAGAAGAUGCCGGCGGAGCGCAGCUAGAUGAAGGGCGAGCCGAUGGCGCCCAGGAUGAUGAUGAAGAAGGGUUCGUGCUCUUCUGCGGUGGUGAGGACAUCAAUGCGUCUUCCAUUGCUAGCUCCUCGGGCACCCCGUAUCGCCCUUCGCUGUUCCCCGUAUCUUCAGCAGGCUCGCCGUCCACACGUGGGGCGGAGCGCACAACGCGAAGAACGAAUGGAUGCGGGGUGUUGGUCCACAUGCGUGCCUUUCCGCAGGGUCCACGCGGCUUGUGGGUAGGCAAGCAGGAGGCGUCGGACGUUGUUGUUGGGUUGGAAGCAGACUACUUCGAGAGCUCCGUCGUAGCCAAGAUGAUGAAGAGCGCAUGUGGCUGUGUCCGAGAGGGUAUCGCAUGUGCGAUAUGUGGAAACACACUUGGUACACGGUAUCUCCCUUGCCAAGCAGCGUCCGAGGGCAUCUUCUCGCAUGCGACCUGCAACCAUACACCAGCGGCUCCGCCAAUAGGUCCAACAGGCCCGCAGUACUGGCGCACUCGCAGGCCACCAUCAGCCUCUACUUCUACCUCCAGCGCACGCACAUCCUCCAGCUUCUACCUCUACACCUUCUUCGCUGACCAUGUCUCUCCCUCCCCCGCGUACGCAUUUCCGGAUGCAGUCAAGCACUCUGGCGGCCAUGCCCAGGCAGAGCCGGUGCAGGCUCCGGGCAGUAGACCGGGCUCGCCACCACUUUCAUACGGAUACAGAUACACUGCCUCGCCGAGGCCCGUCUCGCCGUACUCCUUGCCGUCAACCGCGCCCAAUCGCGCCCCGAGCCCUGACGCCGUCCAGGCGACGUCGGGCAUACCUCCAUCGAUAUAUCCUGUGUGGGCGCAGGGACCACCGCGGACUCCGCCACCCCAGUCUUUUGUGCGGACACCGCAGCUUGCGCUCAAUGUACCGGGGAAUGGAACGACAAGUACAGGUACGCUCGUCGAGGCAGGGUUGCCUGCGGACGAGACGGAUGUCGACACAGGUCCGUUGGAUGCGGACGGCGUGCUUGUUACUAUGGAGGACGUGGACGAGCCGAACUCUCCUGACAAGACGACUGAGAUGGUCUGGCCGGGACGGUGAUACAAAGAGUACCCAGCCACGCUGCGCACCCCCGUUGGGAUCAUCAUGAUGGAGCACCCAACGUCACGACAUUAUGCUGCAUUUACGCUUCCACGAAGCGCAACCGUUCACGUAUUAUCUAUUUCACCGCAUACCUUCCGUUGUAUACUUCGGGGUUCUCUGUCGUGACGACGUCUCCAACGCAUAUCUCCUGCUCGCUUCUGCAUAUACACAGAGGUGUCUCCUCUUGCAUGGAUCCGGGAUUUCAUUUGUACAUUACUCUUCAGAUGAAUAACGAACGGACGCGGAUCUUCUGGA